AUGAGAUUACACUAUAGUUUUGUGGCUUUCCUUUUGGCCUCUGCUCUUGCACUUGGGAGAGCUGAUGAGGUUAAUAAGGCCGAUACAAGUGCCAAGGACAGGGUUGCUUUCAAGCCAUCUACUGUCCCAGGGCAUUUCGUAGAACAGUUUACUCCCGACUGGGUCGAGCGCUGGUCAACAAGCAAAGCGACAAAAGAGGAAGGCGGUGAAGAGUUAAAAUACGUCGGCGUAUGGUCCGUCGAAGAACCAACUGUCUAUCCAGGAAUAGAGAAUGAUGCAGGAUUGGUUGCGAAGACUGCUGCAGCGCUUCAUGCCAUAUCCGCGCAAUUUACUGAACCAUUGGAUAAUACGGGCAAGACUCUUGUUGUACAAUACGAGGUUAAGCCACAACAAGGACUUGAUUGUGCUGGCGCAUAUCUCAAGUUGCUGACAAAAACCGAUUCGACAUUUCAUGCUGAGGAAUUUAACUCUACAACACCUUACACAAUCAUGUUUGGUCCCGACCGUUGUGGUGCCACCAAUAAAGUCCAUUUUAUCUUUCGACACAAGCAUCCAAAAACUGGAGAAUAUGAAGAGAAGCAUUUGAUUGGUGCUCCAACAGCCAAUACCGAAAAGACCAGCUCACUGUAUACUUUAAUUGUGAGGCCCGACAAUUCGUUCGAGAUUCGCGUUAAUGACAAGGUGGAAAAGUCUGGAAAUUUGUUGGAGUCAUUCUCUCCCCCGGUUAAUCCGCCAAAGGAUAUUGAUGAUCCAGAUGAUAAGAAACCUGAUGACUGGGUUGACAACCCCAAAAUUGCUGACCCUGAUGCGAAGAAACCCGACGAUUGGGACGAAUCAGCACCUUUUGAAAUUGUUGACGAGGAUGCCGAAAAACCCGAUGAUUGGCUCGAAGAGGAAUCACUGACUAUUCCAGACCCGGAGGCUGACAAACCCGAAUACUGGGAUGACGAAGAGGACGGAGCCUGGGUUCCGCCACAAAUUAAUAACCCGAAAUGUGAAAAUGUAUCGGGCUGUGGUCCGUGGCAGCGUCCGAUGAAGCGUAAUCCCAAUUAUAAGGGCAAGUGGUAUCCUCCACAAAUUGACAACCCAGAUUAUAAAGGACCAUGGUCACCCAGGAAAAUCCCUAACCCGGAUUAUGUUGAGGAUGCAACUCCGUCUAACUUUGAAAAGAUGGAAGGAAUUGGUUUUGAAAUUUGGACAAUGCAGAAAGAUAUUUUGUUUGAUAAUAUCUAUAUUGGUCAUUCUGAAGAAGAUGCGAAAAAAUUCGCUGAAGAGACAUGGGCCGUAAAACACAAGAUUGAGAAGGUUACGGAAGAAAAGGAAGAGGAAUCGGUAUCGCCGAGCACCGCUCCUUCAUUUUCGGACGAUCCGGCUGCAUACUUGCAACACAAGGUCAAUGAAUUCCUCGCGGUCUUUUGGGACGAUCCUAUUAAGGGAAUUACUGAAUUCCCUGUAGUCGCUGGUGGUCUUGCCGGAGGAUUUUUGGUUUUCUUUGUUCUCCUUGGACUGCUUUUCAGCUUACUUACUCCGGCUAAGAAGGCCUAUCCUCACAAAAAGACCGAUGAGCCCACGCCAGAUGACAAGGACCCUGCUGCUGAUGGACCAAAUCUUGCGCCUACUGACACAAAGUCUCUUGUCAUAGGAGAUUUGUAUUAA